AUGGCAAACCUUGAAGAUUCUUUUCUGGCAGAUCUUGAGGAUCUAUCUGACAAUGAUAAUGAGAACCUGGAUGAAGACAAUGGGGAUGCAGAGAACAUGGAAGAAGAUGUGAAUGGAGACUUAGCCGAUAUAGAAGCCCUCAACUAUGAUGACUUGGACAGUGUCUCAAAGUUACAAAAAACACAACGUUAUACAGACAUCAUGAAGAAAGUCGAAGAUGCCCUUGAAAAGGGGUCAGAUAUGUCAAUCCAAAACCAAGCCAUGGUUCUAGAAGACGAUCCAGAAUACCAACUAAUAGUCGAAUGCAACACACUAUCAGUCGACAUAGAAAACGAAAUUGUCAUAAUCCACAAUUUUAUACGCGAUAAAUACCGAUUAAAAUUUCCCGAACUUGAAUCUCUGGUUCAUCACCCGAUCGAUUACGCGCGUGUGGUCAAGAGAAUAGGAAAUGAAGUUGACCUAACCCUAGUUGACUUAGAAGGUCUUCUCCCCUCAGCCAUCAUCAUGGUUGUUUCAGUCACAGCCUCAACCACAAGCGGAAAGCCACUUCCCGAAAAUACCCUUCAAAAAACCAUCGAAGCAUGCGAUCGUGCCCUUACUUUAGACGCUUCAAAAAAGAAAGUUCUGGAUUUUGUUGAGAGUAGAAUGGGCUACAUUGCACCGAAUCUUUCCGCCAUUGUUGGAAGUGCAGUUGCUGCAAAACUUAUGGGGACAGCUGGCGGGCUGACGUCACUCGCAAAGAUGCCAGCUUGUAACGUGCAGCUUUUAGGUGCUAAAAAGAAGAAUCUAGCAGGGUUUUCUACUGCUACAUCUCAGUUUAGAGUUGGGUAUAUUGAGCAAACGGAGGUUUUUCAGACUACACCUCCUGGUUUAAAGAUGCGAGCUUGUAGACUUUUGGCUGCAAAGUCAACUCUUGCUGCACGUGUGGACUCCAUCAGGGGGGACCCGUCUGGGAAACAAGGGAGAAUGUAUCGGGAAGAGAUUAGGAAGAAGAUUGAAAAGUGGCAGGAACCACCGCCAGCUAAGCAACCAAAGCCACUUCCUGUACCCGAUUCUGAACCCAAAAAGAAAAGAGGUGGGAGGCGAUUGAGGAAAAUGAAGGAGAGAUAUGCUAUUACAGACAUGCGGAAACUGGCAAACAGAAUGCAAUUUGGAGUGCCUGAAGAGAGCUCAUUAGGUGAUGGACUAGGAGAAGGAUACGGUAUGCUUGGUCAAGCUGGAAACGGGAAGCUGCGUGUAUCAGUUGGUCAAAGCAAACUUGCUGCUAAAGUUGCCAAAAAGGGCAAAGAUAAACAAUAUAGUAGUGGUGGGGCUACCUCUGGAUUAACUUCAAGUUUGGCUUUCACACCUGUUCAGGGGAUUGAUCUUAUAGAUCCACAGGCAGAUGCUAAUAGACUUGGGAGUGGAUCUCAGAGCACGUAUUUUUCAGAGACAGGAACUUUUUCAAAGAUCAAGAGGACAUGAACUUUGAGGCAUCAUGUAAUGUGUUUUUCAAUGUCGUUUUGAAUCGUUGCAGGAGCGGAUUGGGGUUGGAUCUUUCAGUAAUAGUAUAUUAAAAUUCCAAGAUGGAAAGGAAUCAAUGAGAGGAAUUUCUUCAUCUUAUUACAGGACGACCUAAUAAUAAUAUGAUGCACACAUGGUUAUGGUCGAGAUCUAGUUAUUAUUUAAGAAGCUGUUAAUACUUGAUCAAGCAUCCUAGAUUUGUAAAUUUGAGGGUUUAUUACAUAGAAAACACCAAAAAGUCACUUGAAAACCUCCAACUCAAUGGAGUUUAUUUUCUGGUAGCAGUGGUUGAGGACUCAUUGUACACUAAUGUUCCAUUAAUAUGGAUAGAGAUUGGUCAACAUAACCCCGUGGCAGGUUCAGAGAAGAACAUGUACAAGACUCUUGAAUUUUAGUAAAACAUUAGGGUUCUUGUUCAUUGUGGGUGUUAUUUUGAGUAUUAUUCACUCAGAAGCUUUUGUUUAUCUUUUCUAAUUUUCUGUUUUCUUAUAUAAGUCGGUUCAUAGCAAUAAGAUUGUAACAUUUAUUGGCAAUUUGGAUGUACAGCCCAUGAGACUUGAAUAUUUUUUUAUGAAUGAAUAAUCGAUUAUGAAA